AGAAUUAUUACUUAUAAUGUAUCAACAAGCAUGUUUCAAAUUGUGAGUGGUUACAUAUGUGCUGAUCUAAUGUCAAUGUUCAAUUUACAUUUUAUGGGGUAAUACACAGAUAAAUAUUAAACUGCUGCAUAUGGGAUUGCAUGGAUGAUAAUAUAGUUGCAAUUUGUUCCCUUAGGAUUAGGUUUUUUAUAUAUAUAUAUUAUGUAGGGAUCAAUUAAGGACUGAAUAAUCAAGUGUCUCAUGCUUUAGGGUAGAAUAAGAUCAAACUUUCUUAAACUUAUUUGAAUUUCGCAAUCUAUUCCAUAAUAUUUAUAUCCUUACCCUUUUUUCUAUUAAUUUACAAUUCACAAUAUUUGGUUCAAUUCAUAGUUCAAGAAGAAACAGAAAUCAUUACUUAAUAUGCAUGGUAUACAAUUUCAAAUAAAUAAGGAAAUUAGGCAAAUGAUUAUUCCUUUAUUUAUAGCCGCAUUUCUGCUCUUAUAGAUUGAAUGUUUAAAAUAGUAUCUUGUUGGAUGCAGAAUAUUUGAACCAUUUCCAUAUAUAUAUGCAUCAACUCUAGUAUUCCAUUUGUUUGCAUGUUCAUUCCUAUUCAUAAUUUGCAACCUAGGAUUCAUGGGCUUAUGUUUGGCCAUCAUACUUAGUGAAGUAAGACAACUCCUUUAUUAACAUUCAAGUUAUUUACAUUAUUGAUGUUGAUCAGAUACAUCUAUAAGAAUCCAGAAGUAUAUAAUUUGAUUGCCAGUUUCGAAUUCUCAUGUCAAAUAUUUUAGUAUAGAGAAACAUACAUAAUGUUUAUUAAAGAGUCUAUCCCAUUAAUUUUACACAUUUAUGCUGAUUUCAUAGUUUUCUAUAUAUUAUCCUUUGUGGCCUUCUCUUUAGGAGUCAAUUAAGCCAAUGCACAACUUGCAUUUGCCAAUACUAGUUCUAUUUACUUUAAAUUCCCUAUUAGUUUAUCAGUAACUCUAAUGUCAUAUGUUGGAAAUAGUUUAAGUAAAGUUUUCUUAUUAAUAGAGGCCAAAAUAAAAUUGAAUUGGCUAAAUAAUAUAUAAUAAGUGGUAUGUGUCUUUAAGGAUUUGUAUUGAUUACUUUAGUAAUUGGUCUCACUAUUUUCAAAGAGGAAUGGAGUCAUUUAUAUUCAUCUGAUGUUUAGAUUCAACAAAUAAUGUUAGAAACUCUACCAUAUUUUCUUAUUGGAAGUGUAUGUUUAGAUGGGAUUUAAGGAGCAUUAUCAGGAGCUUUAAAAGGAGUAAACAAAUCAACAAUUGUAUCUAAUCAAACAAUGAUAUCAUACUAUAUUAUUGGAGUUCCAGUUGUAUUAAUAUUAGCAUAUGUUUUAAAUUUAUAAUUGAUUGGAAUAUGGUUAGGUUUUGGUUUAUGCAAUUUGUAUUUAACAAUUAUAUUUCUAUAUGUACUCAAAAAUUUAGAUUGGAAUUAAUAAGCUGAUUUGAUAACUGAGAAACUGUAAAAACAUUAAGAUUGUUUAGGAGAUAUAGAUUUGCCAUUAAUUUAAAAAUAAUAAGAAUAAUAAUGA